AUGGAGGUAGGCUCGACUACGCUGCACGCAGUGGAGAAGCUGCAGGUGCGUCUGGCCACUAAGACGGACCCGAAGAAAGUAGGAAAAUACCUGCAGAAACUCUCCGCCUUGCCCAUGACUGCAGACAUCCUGGCGGAGACAGGAAUCCGAAAGACGGUAAAGAGCCUGCGGAAGCACCAGCACGUGGGACUUUGCCAGAGACUUAGCAGCCCGGUAAAGAAGCUGCUUCCUGUGGACCCAAACACCAGGCCCAGGCCGGACCCACAGGACCGUGAGGAGAGCUCUUCCCGAAAGCGCUUCGGGGAGGGUCUUCAGGACCAAGAAAAGGCCUGGGGCUUCCCCGAAAACGGGAUGGCCCCCAGGCGACGACCUCACAGCCUGGGGCACAGACAUACAGCACACACAACACCUACGGGGCUCCGGAGAUCUCAGGGAAGCUCCCUCAGUAGCCCAGACCGAGCCAAGAGAAAUCGCCCCAGAAUUGCCCCAGCUGAUUUCCGCCCCAAACCGGCCCUUCCCUCAGGGCGCACCGGACCUCUCCCGAUGACCCAGGGCCCGGAGCCCGGGCAGCAAGCCGGAAGAGGCCAGGCUGACACUGCUCAGGGCAGGCCUCUGCUCCCUAGAGGCUGCCAGGUCCAACCCCAGAUCGAAACAGUUAGGGGCCACAGCAAGGGGGACACUCGUGAGUCCUGGGCUUCGCCUCAGGAAUUGCCUCCUGUCAAGGAAAGCCACUCCGAGGGGCUACAGGCGGCCCGUGCUGAUUCCUCCGGGCGGAAAACCGUGCUCAGCCUCGGCUUCUCAGAGCUGUGGGACCUCGCAGAGCCCUGGAUGCAGGCCAACUACGAUCUGCUCUCCGCCUUUGAGUCCAAGACCGCCCAGCCACAGAUGGCACUCUCUGCACCGACGUUCCAGGAGGAAGCUGGUUCCUCGGGACGCAGAGUGAAUGCCAAGAUGCAGGUGUACUCGGGCUCCAGGCCUGCCCGCCAGCCCCAGUGGCUGACCUUGCGCCAGCAGUGCGUCCCGGCGCUUAGAGACAACCCCGACGCCCUGGGCCAAGUAGGAUGUGUCCCCUCUUGGGUUCUUGAACUUGUCCUGGAAGGGUGUACGCCUGACCAGCUAUAUCGCAGAGAGAAAAACAAUCCCGCACUCAUUGGAGAGACAGAUGGAUUGUGGAGGAUUCACUGCCUCCAGGACUUCAAGGGAGAAAAGCCGCAAGAGCACGAGUCUUGGCGGGAGCUGUACCUGCGGCUUUGGCACGCCCGAGAGCAGCGGCUGCGCGUAGUGACGACCAGUAUCCGGGCUACACGUGAAAACAAGCCCAACGGCCGACAGACGAAGAUGAUCUGUUUCAACUCGGUGGCCGAGACGCCUUAUGAUGCUCCGAGGUGGCAAGAGAAGGCUGUAGGAGCCGCUGAUCUCGAAAAUAGCAACAUCAACCCACACUACCAGCCCACGAAAAGCAGCCACCCUCCCUCCAAUGGGGGCGGCAGCGCCGACAGCGGCCUUCCCAGGCUCCCUGAGAAGCGUGCCUAUGCCUGCCUGAGCUGCAGCAAUGCGCAGGCGACACCUGAGGCCAAAAUCCGGAAACAGGCUGCAAAGAAAGUGGCCCCGCUGAUGGCCAAGGCCAUUCGAGACUACAAGAGAAGAUUCUCCCGACGAUAAACUCAAGACUCGUCUUACAGAUGGAAUCUAAGGGGAGGAGGACCAAUGCAAGUCGAUGCGGGUUAAGGAAUGCAACUUCCAACUGACACCAGAACCUUUGGCUUGGUGCAAAGUUGAGCUUCUGAAUUCUGCAGGUGUCCAGUGCUGGCCCUGGGAUUUGGCCUCCCAUACCUCCCUGCUGGGAGGACCCCUCAGAAUUCAGAAGAUGUGAAUGCUUUCAGAUCGAUUCCCCUUUGGUGGUUAACUGAUCACUUUCUAAAUCAUGCCCUAGUUAAAAUCAUCAAAGAGGUACCAGAUGGGAGUCCCUAUUUUUUGGUCUUUAAAUCAUCAACUAGAUAAUUACUUUUUAGACACAAACUCACAAGCCAUUAGUUAACACUGACAAAUCCCACUACAUAAAUGGUUUUUUGUUGUUUUGUUUUUAAGCAAAACCUGGACGUCAACCUGUAAUUGUGAGCCAUCCUCCUAUGGGAGGCUGAGAAGUGUGGAUGGCUUGAGCCCAGGAGGUGGAGACGAGCCUGGGUGAAACCCCAUCUAUAGAAAAGGUAUCUAAAUUAGCCAGGCGUGGUGGCACAGCCCCUGAGGCCCCAGUUUCUUGGAGGGCUGAGGUGGCAGGAUGGCCUGAGCCUGGGAGGCAGAGGUUGCAGUGACCCUUGAUCAUUCCAUUGCACUCCAGCCUGGGUGACAGAAACAGAGCAUGUGUCAGAGAAAACUGCUGUUUCGUUGAAAAAUGUAACUGUGGGCCGGGCGCGGUGGCUCAUACCUGUAAUCCUAGCACUUUGGGAGGCCGAGGUGGGUGGAUCACCUGAGGUCUGUAGUUCAAGACCAGCCUGGCCAUCAUGGUGAAACCCCAUCUUUAAAAGAAAUAAAAUAACAAUAAAAAAAGGAACUGUGGGAUUUUAUGAAACAGUGGCAAUAACCGGUAACUUUGUUAAAUCAGACUGCUUUCCCUAAGCACCAAAGAGAAUCGUUUCCAAUCUUUUCACCCAGAACCCCUAU